CCCGAUCAAGCACCUCACUACCCCCGCUACUCUACAUACCCACCGUCAAGAUGGCAUUUUUCGGAUUGAAGAAGUUCCCGGCCCCAAUUGCUGCGCCCCUUUGGCCAUUCUACACCGCCGGCGCCGUUGUCCUUUACGGAAUCAGCCAGGCUGCCAGCGCCAUGUCCCAGUCCGACGAGUUCAAGAACGACCCAAGGAACCGCUUCGUCAGCAAGGUCAAGGCUGCUGAGAAGCACUAGAGGACAAUUGGAGGAUGAUGUGGGGUGGACUUGGGAAAUAGACGUGCGGGCAUAGAACUUUUGAGUUGGCACGAAACCUGUACAUUGAUAUUAUAUGGAAAACCUUACCC